GCGGGGCGAAAGCCCCGGGCGCCACUUCCCUGGGGGCGCCAAAUCCGAUACAGGGACUUAUGAAUUUUUAAAAUUUAAUCUUGACCAAAUGUAUAAAUGAACAGAAUAGGCAUAUAUAAGAAACGGCCUGAGUACCCAUUUUUGACAACUUAUUAUCUCUCAUUCGGUUUGGACUAUAUACUUAUAGUAUGUGUGUAGCUGACGGGCACAAUAUCCUCGUUGGGUCAUUCCCCAUAGGUACACCCUUUAUUCUCACCCGGUCCACCAGGUCGCCAUCUGGUGAGUGGUGAUGAAGGCUGACGGCGGAAGGCAGACUGCUUUCCACUCCAGUGUGUUUCGCAAGCUACACAGUUGCGCGGGAAAAAAUGGAGAUGUAAUCGGCUCAUUCGGCUGGCAGCCUGACAGGUACAAUGAGUAACACCAAGAAGCAAAAGCUGAGCGGCUCUGCGUACAGAAAAUUGAGAGACGAAAGGAAAAAAGAACACAGAAAUGCUGAGCGAUUUCGUCAGUUAAUGAUGCCGCGGUUGCCGCCCAAAAAAUCACACAACUCUGGUGAUGGAGAAAGAGAACCGACUGAAAAUCAAGAGCAACCGUGUAGUACAAACACAGAAUUGGGCGAUGAAAUUUACACUUCAACAAAUAUCCCACACGAUCAAACUCGCGACAAAUCUACUUCACCCCCAAUAAAAUCAAACAUUAGUCAGAGUGAGCCCCCAGCACUGCCACAAAGUUCGCAUGCAACAAAACCGCAAGAAUAUCCUCAUGCUGCUGAGGCAAGUUUAUUGCCAAGUCAUUCCGGUAACACGGUCAAUGAACGCGAAUUAAACAUGGAUUAUCCAGACGGUGGCAAAUGGCCACUUCCAGUGAAUGAUAAAUUACGAAUCGAACUCAUUAGGCGUGGUUCGCCUUCUCUGAAAAAUAUGAAUGGGCCCUUCCCUGUUGAUCAUGAGAGAAGGUCGAUGUCGAAAGAGUGGUUUUUUAAAAACACUUGGAAAUGGUGAAAAAAUUGAAAGGUCUUGGCUGCUUUUUUCGCCCUCAAAAGGAAGUUUGCACUGCUUUUGUUGUCGCCUUUUCAAUAAUUACGCCAGCGCUUUUGGUAAAGAAGGGGGUGGUUUUUCAAUGGGCGGAGCUUUUCGAAGCUAAAACUUAUUAAAACUUACCUUAGAUCAACUAUGAGUCAAACUAGAUUGAGCAACUUGGCCAUCCUCUCUAUAGAGCGGGAAGUCGCAGAGGAGAUGGACACUGAGCAAAUCAUUCACGACUUUUCAGUUAUGAAAGUAAGAAAGAUGUAAUGUGUCAUUAGACACCAUAAUAAAGUGUUUUCGUUGGACCAUAAUAAAAAAAAUUCUUUC